AAAACAGCAACAACACACAGGGAGGAGGGGAGAAAAGCAAAGUGAUCCAUUGAAACUAAGCGUUGCCGUCGUUUAAUCCAAUAUUGUUCUCCUACCCCCCCCACCACCACUGCUCAACUUGUGUUAAUUAGGUAGCAGAGAAUAAAACCAGCUCAUCUGGAGAGGGGUGGUGCAUUUGGGAGCGAGAUGGCUAACGGAAAGGUUCGGCUGCUCCUCCGUGGACUCUUCCUCGUAGCAGUGAUUCAGCCCUCUCUGCAAGGAGGCGGGUAUAUACCACCUGGUGCAGGGACAGGCACUGGACCAGGAGCUGGUUUUUUUCCAGGUAGUUAUGGAGUUGGAGGGCAAGGCAGAGGACCAGGAGGUCUGGUGCCAGGAGGCGUUGGCCAGACUGGAUUAGGCAUUGGAGGACUCGGAGCAGGACAAGGUGGUAAAGGACCUAAACCAGGUUAUGGUAACCUUGGAGCUGGGGGUCUCGGAGGUGGCAAUUAUGGAGCUGGAGGCCUAGGCGGCGGUGGUUAUGGAGGAUAUGGUGGAGUCCCGGGUGGAUUCUUCCCAGGAGCUGGACAGAAGGCUGGUAAAAGAGGUGCUGGAGGCCAUCUGCUACCAUUUGGAGGAGCAGGAACUGGAACAGGAACCCUUCCUGUUGGAGGCCCUGUUAUCCCCCAGACAGGCUUUCCAGGAGGGGCUGGUGCUGGAUCAGGAAAGAAAGCUUCCAAAGUACCAGGUGUGGGUGUACCAGGGCUUUAUCAAGGUGGACUGGUACCAGUGAAUGGUUUUGGUAACCGCGGAGUUCUUCCAGGAGUUGCCACUGGGAACGGCCUCAGUCAAAAAUCACUUGGAGCAGGAGGGCAGGGUGGUGCAGGACCAGGCUAUGGUGGGCAGAUGCAGCCUGGAGUGUUCCAUGGCUACCCUCUGAAAUCCCCCAAAACACAAGGUGGCCAUGGAGCAAAACCUGGAGGUGGAAAACUUCCUUUUGGCUAUGGGGGGUUCGGUAAUCAAGGAGCUGGACUUCCGGGAGGUAAAGCUGGCCCUGGAUCAAAGCCUGGAUUUCCUAUUGGAACUGGAGUUGGCACUGGUGGCCUCUCACCUGGACAGGCUAAAUCUGCCCAAUACGGUUUGGGUGGUCUUGGUGGAAUUGGUGCUAUUGCUGGUGGUUUUGGUCCCGGUGCAGGUGGUUUUGGCGGUGUCGGUGGCACAGGUGGACUAUAUGCAGGGCAGAUACCAGGAGGUGGCUAUGGACCUGGAUCCAAAGCUGCUAAAUAUGGUGGUGUGCCCGGUGGAGUACCAGGUGCCAUACCAGGUGGCGUUCCUGGUGGCGUACCAAGUGGUGUGCCAGGUGGUGUUCCUGGUGGAGUACCUGGUGGCAUUCCAGGUGGUGUUCCAGGUGGUGGAUAUUUACCAUCAGCCAAAGCAGCUAAAUAUGGUGGUGUACCAGGGGGUGUACCAGGGGGUGUUCCAGGGGGAGUACCAGGCGGCGUACCAGGGGGUGUCCCAGGAGGUGUACAAGGAUUUGGUGGAGCUCUACCAGCAGCCAAAGCAGCUAAAUACGGUGGUGUACCAGGUGGUGUGCCAGGGGGUGUGCCGGGUGGGGUACCAGGGUUUAUACCAGGCGGUGUGCCCGGUGGUGUACCAGGAUUUGGUGGUCAACCAGCAGCCAAAGCAGCUAAAUAUGGAGCAGUACCGGGUGGUGUUCCUGGUGGUGUACCAGGGGGUGUACCAGGGGGUGUGCCUGGGGGUGUGCCUGGGGGUGUGCCUGGGGGUGGUGGAUAUCUACCAACAGCUAAAUAUGGCAGUGUACCAGGUGGAGUACCAGGGGGCAUACCUGGGGGUGUACCAGGUGGACUACCAGGUGGCGUACCAGGCGGAGUACCAGGCGGUGUGCCCGGUGGUGUACCAGGAUUUGGUGGAUAUCAACCAGGAGCCAAAGCAGCUAAAUAUGGUGGCGUACCAGGUGGCGUUCCUGGUGGUGUACCAGGUGGCGUUCCUGGUGGUGUACCUGGUGGCGUACCGGGUGGCGUACCGGGUGGCGUACCGGGUGGCUUUCCAGGUGGUGGAUAUUUACCAUCAGCCAAAGCAAAUAAAUAUGGUGGCGUACCAGGUGGCGUUCCUGGUGGUGUACCAGGUGGCGUUCCUGGUGGUGUACCUGGUGGCGUUCCUGGUGGCGUACCGGGUGGCGUACCGGGUGGCGUACCGGGUGGCUUUCCAGGUGGUGGAUAUUUACCAUCAGCCAAAGCAAAUAAAUAUGGUGGCGUACCAGGUGGCGUACCAGGUGGCGUUCCUGGUGGUGUACCAGGUGGCGUUCCUGGUGGUGUACCUGGUGGCGUUCCUGGUGGCGUACCGGGUGGCGUACCGGGUGGCUUUCCAGGUGGUGGAUAUUUACCAUCAGCUAAAGCAAAUAAAUAUGGUGGCGUACCAGGUGGCGUUCCUGGUGGUGUACCAGGUGGCGUUCCUGGAGGUGUACCUGGUGGCGUACCAGGUGGCGUUCCUGGUGGUGUACCGGGUGGCGUACCGGGUGGCUUUCCAGGUGGUGGAUAUUUACCAUCAGCCAAAGCAGCUAAAUAUGGUGGCGUUCCUGGUGGUGGUGGAUAUUUACCAUCAGCCAAAGCAGCUAAAUAUGGUGGCGUACCAGGUGGCGUUCCUGGUGGUGUACCAGGUGGCGUUCCUGGUGGUGUACCUGGUGGCGUUCCUGGUGGCGUACCGGGUGGCGUACCGGGUGGCGUACCGGGUGGCUUUCCAGGUGGUGGAUAUUUACCAUCAGCCAAAGCAAAUAAAUAUGGUGGCGUACCAGGUGGCGUACCAGGUGGCGUUCCUGGUGGUGUACCAGGUGGCGUUCCUGGUGGUGUACCUGGUGGCGUUCCUGGUGGCGUACCGGGUGGCGUACCGGGUGGCUUUCCAGGUGGUGGAUAUUUACCAUCAGCUAAAGCAAAUAAAUAUGGUGGCGUACCAGGUGGCGUUCCUGGUGGUGUACCAGGUGGCGUUCCUGGAGGUGUACCUGGUGGCGUACCAGGUGGCGUUCCUGGUGGUGUACCGGGUGGCGUACCGGGUGGCUUUCCAGGUGGUGGAUAUUUACCAUCAGCCAAAGCAGCUAAAUAUGGUACCGUACAAGGUGGCGUUCCUGGUGGUGUCCCAGGUGGCGUUCCUGGUGGCAUACCUGGUGGUGUCCCAGGUGGCGUUCCUGGUGGCAUACCUGGUGGUGUACCGGGUGGCUUUCCAGGUGGUGGAUAUUUACCAUCAGCUACAGCAGCUAAAUAUGGUGGUGUACCAGGUGGCGUUCCUGGUGGUGUACCAGGUGGCGUUCCUGGUGGUGUACCAGGUGGCGUACCUGGUGGUCUACCGGGUGGCGUACUGGGUGGCGUUCCAGGUGGUGGAUAUUUACCAUCAGCCAAAGCAGCUAAAUAUGGUGGUGUACCAGGUGGCGUUCUUGGUGGUGUACCAGGUGGCGUUCCUGGUGGUGUACCAGGUGGCGUACCUGGUGGUGUACCGGGUGGCGUUCUGGGUGGCGUUCCAGGUGGUGGAUAUUUACCAUCAGCUAAAUAUGGAGGUGUACCAGGUGGUGUACCAGGUGGUCUACCAGCUGGUGUACCUGGUGGUGUACCGGGUGGCGUUCCAGGUGGUGGAUAUUUACCAUCAGCCAAAGCAGCUAAAUAUGGAGGUGUACCCGGCGGUGUACCAGGAGGGGUGCCAGGUGGUGUGCCAGGCAGUGUGCCCGGAGGAGCACCAUUUGCAGUGCCAGGAGGAGUUCUGAGAUUUCCAGGGACCGCUAUAGGAGGAGCAGGAGCAGGGUUCGGAACAGGAGGACUGGGAGGAACAGGAGUGGGAGGAGUACCUGGUUUGGUGCCAGGAGGAGGUGGAGGUGGACAGUACUCCCCUGCUGCAAAAGCUGCAAAAUAUGGAGGAGCUGGAGCAGGGUUAGGAGGUGCAGGAGGACUGGGGGGAACAGGUGGAGCAAUAGGAGGGGUACCAGGUUUUGUCCCAGGAAGAGUUGGAGGCGGACAAUUCUCUCCUGCUGCAAAAGCUGCUAAAUAUGGAGGAGCAGGAGCAGGGUUGGGAACAGGAAGCCUGGGAGGACCAGGAGUAGGUGGAGUUCCUGGUUUGGUGCCAGGAGGAGUUGGAGGUGGACAAUACUCUGCUGCUGCAAAGGCUGCCAAAUAUGGAGGAACAGGAGCAGGGUUGGGAACAGGAGGACUGGGAGGAACAGGAGCAGGAGGAGUUCCUGGUUUAGUGCCAGGAGGAGUUGGAGGUUCUCAAUACUCUGCUGCUGCAAAAUCUGCCACAUAUGGAAGAGCACGAACAGGGUUGGGAGCAGGCUUGGGAGCAGGAGACCCGUGGGGACUGGGAGCAACAUUAGGAGGAGUGCCUGGUUUGGUACCAGGAGGAGUUGGAGGAGGACAAUAUGCUGCUGCUGCUGCUGCUGCAAAAGCUGCUAAAUAUGGCGUUAGAGGGGGAGUAGGAGCAGGGUUAGGAGCCGGCGGUCUGGGAGGAGCAGGUAUUGGAGUGGGAAGAGUACCUGGUCUGUUACCAGGAGGUGUUGGAGGUGGACAAUACUCUGCUGCUGCAAAAGCUGCUAAAUAUGGAGGAGCAGGUUUAGGAACAGGAGGACUGGGAGGUACAGGUGGACAAGUACCAGGUUUUGUACCCGGAGGGAUUGGAGAUGGACAAUACUCUGCUGCUGCAAAAGCUGCCAAAUAUGGAGGAGCAGGCACUGUGUUAGGAACAGGAGGACUGGGAGGAACAGGAGUGCGAGUACCUGGUUUUCUACCAGGAAGAGUUGGAGGUGGUCAAUACUCUGCUGCUGCAAAAGCUGCUAAAUAUGGAGGAGCAGGAGCAGGGUUAGGAAUGGGAGGCCUGGGGGGAACAGGAGUAGGAGGAGUUCCUGGUUUGGUACCAGGAGAAGGACAAUAUUCUGCUGCUGCUGCUGCUGCUGCUGCUGCAAAAGCUGCCAAAUACGGAGCAGGAGCAGGACUAGGAACAGGAGGACUUGGAGGAACAGGAGUAGGAGGAGUGCCUGGUUUGGUACCAGGAGGAGUUGGAGGUGCUCAAUACUCUGCUGCUGCAAAAGCUGCCAAAUAUGGGGUUUCAACAGGAGGUGGAGCAGGAAUUGGAGCAGCAACAGGAGCAAGAGGAGUAGGGCCAGGAGCAGUUGGAGGCGACGUUUCUGGAGUGGGUCUUGGAGUGCCGGGAGCGACACCACUUACUGCAGUUAGCGGCCUUCCUGAUGGUUCUGCUGUUGCUGUGCCAGGUGACACCGGCGUUACUGUUGCUGGAAAGCCAUCAAAGGAUGUAGGUCCUUCUGGAACUCCUGGUCCAGGGCCCACACCUAUUGCCACAAAUAGCAAGGCCACAGAGCUACCAAAGCCCACUGGUACAAAAGGUCAAAGCCCGACUGGUGCUGGAACAGGUGUUGGUCCAAGCGGAGUUGGUUACCCUUAUGGAGUUCCUUAUGGGGCUGGAACUGGUAUUGGAACUGGAACUGAAACAGGAGAUGCAGUGCUGCCUGGUGCAAAGCCCUUGACACCUCCCAUCAUUGGGGGAGCAGGAGGUGGAGCAGGAAUCCCCCUGGCAGCAGGAGGCUAUCAAGGUGGUUUUCCUUAUCCUGCUGCAGUCGGAGUGGGUGGUGCUGGGGGAGGAGCUAAAGCCCCAAAACCAGGCUAUGGAAAUCUUGGAGGUGGUGGUGGCUAUCAGCCUCAGCCAGGUGGAUAUGUCCCAGCCCCACUGACCCCUCAACAAGCCAAAGCAGCCAAGUACAUUGGGAAUCCAUUGCAAGGCUUCCUGGGUGGUGGAGGAGGAGGAGCCUAUGGAGCAGCAGGAGCGUGCCAGGGCAGAUACUGCGGCAGGAGGAAGUAGAUGUCCUCCUGAUGUGUGAUGUGGCCUGAAGAAAACCAUGGUGCUACUGCAUGAACUAGAAUGUACAUUUUAGAACACAAACAUUCAAUGUUGUUUUUACUUACUUGACUUCGUCUGCUCUUAUGCAAACCCACCGACCAAGAGUUUUUGUACUACCCCCCCCCCCCCCCCCCCCCCCCCCCGAUGUGGCAUUUAUUACUGACAGUGCCUUCAAUCAUAAAUGUGUGAACGUAACUCGGCUUUAAAGCAUCCUUUUAUGCACCAGUGUACUUCAAAUAUAACGUGUCAGCUCAUGCUCAUUCGUAUACAAACAGUUAUGCGUCCUUCAUGUGGCUUGGACAUAUGGUGACAGGGCGAAGAGUCCUUGCAAAGGUGGUCUGCCAAUGUGACCUGUGCAGGACGCUGAAGCACUCCGUUUUCAAUCAUAAUGCAAAGCGAGCUGAAAUGUUGCAGCGCACCACCUCUCUGACCUGUGAGAAGGCUGCUUUUUGUGGCCAAAUCACAGCAUUGUCUCGGACCCUCCUCCUUCUUCCUCGCUGCUAUUUUUAGCCCCAAUGGGUAUAAAGUAGUGGCAAAUCAGACUCCACCCAGCCCAUCUGUUCUCAUUAACUUUUUUUGCUGAUUCUACUGUAUAUGCCCAAGCAUUUCCAAUUUUGACAAAUGCUUUAUUGAGAUCAGUCUCGAAAACAGUGUUGCCAUUUAUACUUUUAUUCCUCCAGUGUAUAUCUGGAAAGUUUGCAUAUUUGUGCAUCUGCUUCGUGAUCCUUUUUCCUCAAGCAUCAUUUCAGGAGUUAUUUACAUUUAUGUAAUAACAUUCAUUCAAGCUAACUCAUAUCUUACUGCAUUUUCACACAAUUAUAAUAACAAUAAGACCUGUCCCUUUGCAUUUAUUAAUUAAUUGUAGUUCAGAAUAACUUUUAUUUAAUGGGUGUAUCCAAGCCCCAUUGUUCAUUUACUUGAGCUGCUUCAGAGGACAAAAAAAAAGUGGAAAAAGCCUAAUUGACCAAAGGUUCAUGGGUGCUGUUGCCAAGUGACCCCUUUUUCUUUCUGUAAUUGUGUACUGUAUUUUGUACUAAUAUGAAAGUUGCUGGCAUUGGUUCAUCCACUCUGAGCUGUAUGAGAACAGUCUUUGAACUUCACUGGGUCAGACAUGUGCCGUGGGAUACACUUCAUCUUUAUUUAAAACUAUUUCUAUAAGGAGGAACUUUGUGGUUUUGCACUUUUUUUUUAUGUUUCGACACAUACAUGCACACACACAUCACUUAAUAUAUCCUGCCAUUGCAUUUGCUUCUUUAAAUACAUAAAUAAAAUGUGUUAAAAACA